CAAAUUCCAGCGGGCCGCCGCCGCCGCCUAGAAAAUGGCUGCGCUGGGGGGAGCGGAGUCGCCUGGUGUGGCGGUGGCUCCGUGUUCUCAGGCCUCCCCGCUUCUCGUGGCAGAGACGCCGCCGGCCCCGGAGCGCGGCCGUGGCGGGAGGAGGUCCCGGCGGAGCGCGCCGGCGGCGCUCAGCCCCGCCGUGUCCGUGGUGUUCCCGGGCGCCGUGAGCCGAGAGAGCUGCUGUCGCUUCGCCUGCGAGCUCCUGAAGCACGUCCUGCACCAGCGGCACCAGCUCCCGCUGCCCUACGAACAGCUCGCCUACUUCUGCCGGCGGGCCGCGCAGGAUGGAGAUGUGAUCAAGAAGCCACCCUCUGUGGGCCUGGCAAGCAAGAAGUGUCAGCAGGUGCUGGUGGAGCUGGAGGCAGUGCUCCAGCACUUGGAAGUGAUGUUCAGCUUGACACUGGUUCCCCGUGUUCUUAUUCUGCUUGGAGGCAAUGUUGUGAGCCCCAAGGAGCUUUAUGAGCUCAACUUGGAGGGGAUCUAUGUGGGCAGUGCUGAGAAAAGCCUGAAAACCACAUCCUGCGUGCGUAAGCUUUUUCACUCACUCUUCAUUGCAGAUGUCUUCAGUGAACUUAAAGCUCUUCCAGUCACAAGCACUGUUGUUAUGCUCCAAGGGCAUCGCAGUUGUGGUGUGGAAUGGUUCCGGCCCAAACUCAACUACAAAGUGCCAACCCGAGGAAGGAAACUGACUAUUAAUUUGUCCUGCGAUGGAGACGUCAAUAUAAGUGCCUCAGCUCCUCAGAUUAUGACUUCUACUUGGGAGGACUACAUAUGGUUUCAAGCACCAGUGACGCUUAAGGGCUUUCAUGAAUGAUCUGUGCUCUGUAAAACUUUUAAUGGGAUACUGAAUAAUUUUUGGUGCUGCUUUAGUCAAUAAUUCUAUCAAAGAUAAUGGCAUACGCUUGUCUCUCUGGAUCUCUUCUCUAGGGCAUCUGUUGCCUUCCUGACCACUUUCUUCUGUGUUCACUUCCUGACUUGUCUUUGAAAGCAGGAGCCCUUUAAGGCACAGAUACCAUGAUUCCUUAAGGAGAUUAAUUGAUAUAUUGGGUGUAAAAACUUCCCUGUAACAUGCUUGCUGAACUGACAAAUAUUGGGUACAGUCUUCCUGAGUUGUACUCUCCCGAGUUUUUCUGCAGCCAUUUCUGUUAAUGAUUACUGCAUUAUAAGAUUUUUGGGACAAGAUAACAUAUGUUUAUUAAUAUAAUUGGCCUUUACUGUGAAGGCCAUAACAUUCUUUACCCUACUGCUGUGAAAGAAGACCUUUUCCUGCAGCCUACUCAGACUUGAGUACUCAAGUGCUUGCCCAUCUAGUAGAUAUCUAUCUUCCCAUAACACCACUUCAGUUUGUUAGGAAUCCAGCAUGGUGCUCUUCAGCAACUGGAAGACUUCAUACGUAGCAGUGUCUCAUAGUAGUGAUGGAAUGAGUGGUCCUAUGAAGGCAAGGGAAUGUGUCUUCCUAUUUCUUUACCUAACUUUUAGUCCAUCAG